AUCGCUCGCCGUAGUUCAUGUAAACACGGAAGUGAAUUGACUGUAUCGCUGCAAUUUGCGUGUAGCAUAACAAAAAUUCUUCUAAUUUGCCAGAGGACAACUUUAAAAUAUUCAGUCAGUAUUUCGAGUAUGGUAGUUUCAUAUUAUCGCACUGAAGUAUCCGGAGAAACAUAUUUCAAGCGUAUUCUAGCGCUAAGAAAUGUUUCCCACCAAGUUAGCUUAGCUUUACCAUGGCAGAUAAAAUCGAGAAAACGUUCAAAUUUGUCGUCGUCGGUGGUGGCAUCGCGGGGGUGACGUGUGUUGAGCAGUUGUCAUACAGUUUACAGUCAGCUGACGUAGCUCUGAUUACCGCAAGCCCUCACAUAAAGGCAGUCACCAACUAUAAACAGGUCGCCAAGGUUCUGGAGGAGUUUGAUGUGGAGGAGCAACCAACCAGUGUUCUGGAGGAGAAAUUCCCCAAUUUGACUGUCAUUCACUCUGCUGUGAACACACUGAACACACGAUCGCAUUUGGUGGAAACUGCAGAUGGAAAAGUUUACGGCUAUGAGAAGCUGUGCAUCUGCAGCGGGGCCAGACCGAAGCUGCUCAUCCAGGACAAACCGUAUGUGCUCGGUAUUCGCGACACAGACAGUGCCCAGGAGUUUCAGAAGCAGUUAACGAAAGCCAGGAAGAUUGUUGUUGUUGGAAAUGGAGGGAUCGCCUUGGAGUUAGUGUAUGAGGUGGAAGGCUGCGAGGUGAUCUGGGCCGUGAAGGACAAGACCAUCGGAAACACUUUCUUCGACGCUGGGGCGGCGCAGUUCCUCAUCCCGUCGCUGGGCGCCGACAAACCCGAGCGAGAGGCCGCCUGCAAGAGGACUCGCUACACCACAGAUUACCCGACGGACGGCGAGGCUCAGACGUUCACCUCAGAUCGCCACAUGCGAGGACGCGGCUCCGGUCCCACGGAGCCUGGCAGUGCACUCGGUCCAGACUGGCACCGAGGAUUAGUUCUCAAAGGAGCGGAGUGGGCGUCCCGCAGGGUUUCGGUGGAAUAUCAGUGUGAGGUGAGAACGAUCUUCACCUCUGAGGAGAUGCUCAAUUCCCAAUCGCAAACACGUGGACCCGAUACCGGAACCUGGCCCGUAUACGUCCUGCUGACCAACGGCAAGACGUUCGGCUGCGACUUUGUCGUCAGCGCCACGGGUGUCAUACCGAACACGGAGCCAUUUCUGCGCGGCAAUAACUUUGCUCUGGCCGAUGACGGCGGCCUCCGAGUGGACGACCACAUGGUGACAUCGGAGCCCGACGUCUACGCCGCCGGAGACGUGUGCACGGCAUGCUGGGAUCACAGCCCGCUGUGGCAGCAGAUGCGUUUGUGGACGCAGGCUCGUCAGAUGGGCUGGCACGCUGGCCGCUGCAUGGCCGCGUGUGCGCUGUCGGAAACCAUCGAGCUGGACUUCUGCUUCGAGCUCUUCUCCCACAUUACGAAAUUCUUUAACUACAAGGUGUUUUUGCUCGGAAAGUUUAACGCGCAAGGUCUGGGGUCCGACUAUGAGCUGCUGCUGCGUUACACCAAAGGCGAGGAAUAUGUCAAGGUGGUUCUACAAGGCGGCAGGAUGGUCGGAGCCGUGCUCAUCGGGGAAACCGACUUAGAGGAGACCUUCGAGAACCUAAUUUUGAACCAGAUGGAUCUCACACCAUACGGCGAGGAUCUUCUCAACCCCAACAUCGAUAUAGAGGACUAUUUUGAUUGAGCAAAAGGAGCAGCUGACUUCUGCUUUCGGAAAAAUGACUUGGGACUUUUUUUUCCAAAUAUAUACAGUCGCUUCUUUGAAGCCUAAAAGCAAAAUAUGUAAUAUAUGUGUAAAAUAUGAGUAAUGAAUGAAGGAUCUGUUUUUGAGUACGGUCAAAGGGCUAGAAAAAUUCUGGUGAAUUUCCUAUGGGAAGCUUUGACUUUUAAAAAAAAAAGCUAACGACAUCACAUUUCACACAGGAGAAGUAUUGAAAAGGCAAUUGGAAAGAUUGAUUUAUUGAAGCUACUCAAUUAAAAGUCGUCCAUCUUUUUCCACAUUA